AUGCCUUUACAACGACACCAAACUCAAGCCAAUGUUCUCGCCCCCAGACCUCCUCCUCUCCGUCAACUUAAUCCGAUUCCCGAACGCCGCCCUGAUCCUCCUACAACAUCAGUCAAAGUUGAAGAACAACCGAAGAAGGCAUUCGAACCCAUCAAGCUUCAUCCCAAGAACUUAAAUCGUCUUUGUCCAACACUUUUACUCAACAAUCCUUCUCUCACUUCUACUCGAACACAUACAUACCGCCCAUCUAUCAAAGGAGGUAUCAUCAUUCUCAAAGACCUUUCCAAGAUCCCUGAACCAAUUCCUGAAUCUGCUCGAAAAGUUUCCCAGUUUUGA